UCGGCUGCGCGCCGCGCGAUGGAGAUCUGGAGCAGCCCCGCCGCAUACGACGAGCUGAGCGGGAGCGCGGAGCGGGACGGCAGCGCCGACCCCAUCGCCCGGGAGCUGGAGGAAGUCCUGUGUGCUGAGCGGGUGGUCAGGAUCACGAAGACCUACCACGACAUCGAUGCUGUCACCAACCUGCUGGAUGAGAAGGAGCGGGACCUGGAGCUGGCGGCGCGCAUCGGGCAGUCCCUGCUGAAGCAGAACCGGAGCCUGACUGAGCGCAACGAGCUCCUGGAGGAGCAGCUGGAGUUGGCCAAGGAGGAGAUCGCGCAGCUGCGCCACGAGGUCUCCAUGCGGGAUGACCUGCUCCACUUCUACACCACCACGACAGAGGAGAGUGAGCCCACUGCCACCACCUCCACACCGCUGCGUCAGAAUGAGUCCUCACUGUCCCUGCAGCAGUACCUCCAGUAUGACACCUUGCAGCAGAAACUCAAGUGCCUGGAGGAGGAGAAUCAGAAGCUUCGCAUGGAGGCCACCAACAUUGCAACUGAGACCUGUCAGUAUGAGGACCAGGAGCAGCAGCUGAUGAUCGACUGUGUGGAGCAGUUCUCCGAGGCGAGCCAGCAGGUCGUUUACCUGUCGGAGGAGCUGGCCCGCAAGGCAGAGGACACAGCGCGGCAGCAGGAGGAGAUCAGCCAGCUCCUGGCACAGGUCGUGGACCUGCAGAAGAAGUGCCGCACGUACGGCUCGGAGGUGGAGGAGCUCCAGCAGCACCUGGCCCUGGCGAAGGAGGUGCAGCAGCAGCUCCGGACAGAGCUGCGGGACCUGCAGGAGAAGUACACGGAGUGCGGCGGGAUGCUGCAGGAGGCACAGGAGGAGGUGAAGAGCCUGCGCAGCCGCAGCCUCCCCAACAGCACCGUCAGUCGCUACGGCGCCCCGAGUCUCCUGCCCGUGGACUCGCUGGCGGCUGAAAUCAAGGGGAUGAUGAGGAAGGGCACAGACAGCUCCUCCUCGGACUACAAGAGCUGCCUGCGGGUCUUUGAGACGGUGAAAGCAGUGAACCAGGUGGCCAAAGCCAAGUCUCGCUCCGAGUCUCCCCACAGCAUGCCAGGCUCCAAGCAGUUGUCGGCCGCCACCUCUGGGGGCUCCAGCACCCCCCGCACCGGCUGCUCCGGCUCCGAGGGCACCCAGGCCGGGGAGCAGCCGCGGGCGCCGGGCAGGCAGGCCCUGGAGGCGGCGGUGCGGCGGCUGUCGGCGCGGCAGCAGGACCGGGGCUCGGCCGAGGGCUCCUUCGAGACUGAGCAGGACCACGAGCUGUGGCGGCUGUGGGACGGGGACAGCUCCAGCGGCCACCUCACCCCCGAGGAGAGCAUCGCAUCCACCAGGACCAACUGCUCAGCGGGCUCGGAGCUCACCACUGGCUCCGGCUUCUCCCUCGGCUCCCUCUCCUACCUGCCCGACAAGCUGCAGAUCGUGAAGCCCCUGGAAGGCUCUGUGACACUCCACCACUGGCAGCAGCUGGCACAGCCCAACCUGGGUGGGAUCCUGGUGCCCCGUCCUGGGGUGCUCACCAAAGACUUCAGGCAGCUGGACAUCGACCUAGAGGAAGUCUACAGCCUCAAUGACCUGGAGGAGGAUGAUGUGGAUGCUGGCUCCUUCCAGCUGCUCCCUACCUCAACACCUGUCAAAGCCAAGGAGCGCCCAGGGGUGUUCCUCUCUGUUAACAACCUUCCCCAGACCCCAUCUACCUUCACCACCACCACUUGCCACAUCCUCCACCCCAUCACUGAGGUCACCACAGUGACACCCAGUCUGUGUAAUGCCAUCAUGUCUUCUCGUGGGCCCCUUGAGGGGCUGAGCUGUGGCAGCCCCUUGCUGGAGAAGUCUUCCCCUGUGCUGACACCUGGCCCUGGACCCCUGAGCACCCCCCUGGGACUCAUCAGGCUCUUGCUGGUGCGAGGCAUCUCUGCCUCAGUGCCAGGGACUGGGUCACGGUGGGGCCCCCUGCUCUCCCUCCAGGAGCCCCAGGAUGCUGGCACCUGCCCCUCCGUUGCAUCUGGGGGGCAGGAGGGACCUUGGCCCACGAGCAGCACCUUCAGCUUUAACCUGGUAGAGAAGCUGCAGUGCCUGGGGCUGGACAAGGUGGUGGUUGGAGGGGGGAUGUCCUACACCCCAGGGGAGCUGACGUGAGAAGGCCAUGAGCUCAGGACAAGAUGUAUCCUUCAUCCUAUUCAUCACCUGUCCACAGGGAAAUGGAGGUGGGCUGGGCUCUCGCCUGCUGCUCCUGGUGCUGUCCCAGGAGUGGGCAAACUUCCAGCACAAGCUUGGGGGGCUCUGCCUCAGCUGCCAGGACAUGACCCCACAGAGCCCAGUGUGAUGCUCCCCCAGCCCUGCAUCAUGGAGCUGAGGGGGCCCCACGUGCAGGGAGCUGGGUGGGGGGCACAGCUGCAGGCUGACCCUGGCCCCCACUCGGGGGAGUACAGGCAUUUCCCAGCAGCCUGUUGCUGGCAAUAAACACUGUUCCUGUUUCUGCUGAACCUGUGUGAGGAGUGAGGAGCAGCGGGGCCCUUGGGGGCUGUCUGGGCUGCUGCAGUGCAGGGUGGUGCUCAGCCUGGGUUCAGGUGGUCCUGAGGGGAUUUUUUUAAAGGGAAUGGUGGUUUAAAACUCUUUCCUGCCCACCCAAUAGCUGUAGCAGCAGCAGCAACCCUGGUGUGGGGGAUGCCUGUGGCGCGUGUUUCUUGGGGUGUAGCUGUCACUCGUGCUGCCGUGUCCCUGACUCUGGGCUCUGUCCUGUCCUGUCAAAUAAAUGUGAAGUCCCAGAGCAGCUCCUGUGCCGU